UCGCUUUCAAAAUUUAUGAAUAAAAAACACUUAAUGUUUUCAUAUUGUUUUGUUUUAAAAAAUGGUUUAAACGCCAAGUUUAUGAACACAAAUAAGCGAAAGCUCACCAAUUGGCUCAACAAGCAUAAACAUAAUUCAACAAGUGUUUUUUUUACCGUUUAUUCAAUGCCUAAGAAAUGUCUAAAAAGUGUAUAGUUCGAUCAUUGGGCGAUAGUUCUUUAGGCGAAUUCGCUAAUCUGAUUGUGUCGACAUUAGGCUAUGCUAAGUAUGCUCCUGAUAUAGAUCUCGAUAUUGAUGUUGUUAUGGUUGACAUAAUCGAAUAUAUGGAACAGGCUGGAGCUACCUCGAAUAUUUAUCAGGAUCUGUUGCGUGUGAUACUCAGUUCAGACUAUCUAGACGCUAAUAUGCGAUUUACGUGUUUGCAGAUGUUACUUAAUAGUGGAGUCUCAUUUUUGAUGACUGAAGUUUUUCCGUUUUCGUAUUAUGAGAAAAUUUUGCAAGUGAUAGCCGCUCAAGGCACCGGUUUACGAGUGCUCAAUUUGAAAGGUGUCUGGAUUAAAAAUGAGCAUAUGAAUUAUAUGUUUGAAAUUGUUAAGAAAUGUCAAUAUCUUACCAAGCUAUAUGUACCUUAUAUUGCCAAUGAUGAUUUGCUUGAAGUGAUAAGUAAAUACUGCGAACGACUUCAGGUAUUGGAUAUUUCGGGAGAAACAGAUAUUACCGAAAUAGGUAUCGAUUAUCUAAGCAAGGGUAUGUGCAGUAAUCGUUUGACAGUUAUCGAUGUUGGCAUGCCAGGAGAGGAGAAUAUCUGCUACUCGGAUAUAGCAUUAAUUUUGGAAAAUUGCCCUAAUGUUGAAACCUUGUCAACGUAUUCGUUUGUCGGACCAGCUUUAAAAUUCAUUUACGAUAAUAUAAAUACUGAUUUCAAAUGUAAGCUUAAGUAUUUACAUGACACGGGUACAGAUGAGGAGACGUUGCAGACGAUAGUGAGAACCUGUCCUCAUUUGGAAUCUCUUUACUUGGAUACACCAAAAUCUGGCUGUUUACAUGUACUUCAUUCGCAUUUUUUGCGCAAACUGAAAAUUUAUAAAUUUUCAUGUGCGGAACUUUUCAAAUUAUUGGAAAGUAUAGGUCAAAACUUAAGUCAUUUGACUAUGAUUAAGGGUAAUGGAGAAUUAGCGUUGGAUCGUUUAGCUUAUAUAUGUCCUCUAUUAGUCGAUUUGGAUUGUUAUAUGAUGGAUAGAUUGGUUUACACCAGUGGUCAAAAGCGUUUCAUUCAUCUGGAAGGAUUGGAGAUGUUAAGUUGUCCGAUUACAAACACCUCUCUAAAAGCGCUGAUUUGCAGUGUUACGCAACUUAAACGUUUGGCGGUGGAUAGCGUUACUUUUAAUGAUGAAGAUAUUGUUAGCAUAUUCAUUGAGCAUGAUUUCAAUGAUUUGGAGGAUAUUUGGUUUACUUUAGCGCCAAAUUUGACUGUGCAAUCCAUUGAGAUUUUAAUGGAUAGAUGUCCGGAAUUGCAAACCGUAGGGCAGUUAAGCGGUUGGGCGUUGACACCUGACGAUUUAGCCCUUAUACGCGGACUUUUAAAAAGCGGCAACUCAAGCCUUGUACUUACUCCUAACGGUUUUUUCCCUUGAUACUUCUUUCCUAACAUUAUAUUGUCCAGACUAAUCGUGAAUUCAUGUGCAUGAACACAAAGAAAAAGAUGAAAAAUAACGGUUUAAUCAUUUUCUUUUAAUUUCAGCGUCUACAGUGAAAUCUGUGAUUCAUCUGAAAAAGCUGAUAAAUAUAUUAAAAAAUCUUAAAGUCUUAAUGUGAUUAGCUUUAAUGUGUGUGUGUGUGUGUGUAGAUAUUUCCUUAAGAGAAUGUGUUGACAAAAACUUUUUUGUAGUUUUGAUUGUAAAUACAAGAUUAUUAAAUGAAAAUAAGAAAACACUCAGUGAUAUGGUUAAAUAGUUGCAGUCGUUGUGUUUAAGUGCAAAUGUAUAAGAAAUGCCUAGAAGAUGCGCAGGUUGUCCUCACUAAGCUAAUUAAGUGUACAUUUAAUUGGCUCUGCUAGGCAUGCUCCUGAUGUGAAACUCGACGUUGAUAUUAUUCGUCCAUUUUUAGUUUAAAAGUGCUAUCAAUUGCUGAUUGAAAGAACCACAAAGACUUUUGCAUUGCAUAAAUAGACAGUGACCUAAGAUUUAUUACGUAGGGGAAUAUGACGAUUUUCGUGUGAUUGAUGAGUAUUUGAAGCGAGAAAUUGAAUUUUUGACCAAUGAAGACAAUCGUUUACUAAUAAGUAAUGUUUAAAUUACUUUGUCGGAAAUCACUUCCGUACCCUUCAUUAAAACGCUAUUUUAAAGGUAUUGUAGUUUGCUUGUUGAGUUAUGCUGCUUGAUAUUUUGAAAUAAUCGUGCCUCAAGAAAACUCCGCUUCAAUUUUUGAACUGCGUGUUGAAUAUGUUUUUGUAGAGUAGACUUUGUUUUUUUGUAGGGAUCACUUGUGUUACUAGGGCAUAUUAAGUUUGUGUGGCUGCAUACAACACUCAGAAGAAAUUGAGAUAGGUCUCCUUUUUAUUUUAACGAUCGAUUCAGAAUCACUUUUUGCAUCGCCCUAAGCAUGUCUGCCCGUCCGCCUGUCUGCGCUCGAAAAUGGUUCGGCUCGGACCAUUUUUUCGACCACUGCUCAUUUGAAAAAUCCUUAUAUGAAUAAUUGUAGGAUUAUAUAAAAUAGAAUAGCAUAGAGAAGGAUGAAGUGCCCGUGGCUCACCAUAUUUUCAAAAUUUCUCCUCUUUAUCUUUUCUCGAAGAUUUUCUGCCGAGUUUGCCAUAUUCGUCAAAGAUGCAGUCGCCGGUUUACAUUUCACAUAUUGGAAAGUGCCAAAAAAAGUUGCAAGUCUCAACUGUCUGUCGAUGAACCCAUGUUAACUAUUUCUUGUUUGGAUAUGCUUUUGAAUUAACAUACACAAUUAUUAAUGUAUAAAGAAGCUACAAAUCAAUAGGUGAGAGUUUACACUGUAAUUUCCCAGCAUGGAUUCAUUUGACACAGUAGGACUUUUCGAAGCGCUCGAGGAGGUUCGCGAAGAUUCACGUAAAGAAUUUUGUUCAUGUAAUGAAAUUUUUCAUCCAUAUUCUGGUAGGCUCAAAGCCUUCUAACUGGCCAAUAAAAAAUAAUUUUUUUUCUGAAAAAUACCGACUUUAAGGCAAUCAUUAGUUUCUUAAAUGCCAUUUAUUAUAUAAAUGUAUCAAAAAUAUAAAUUCAUCUCCCCUUGUACGUCUCCUGAAUAGUUUUAUACAA